UAGAGAUGUACCUCAAAUUCCUGGCCCAUGGCAAACUAUUGGAGGCAGCGAGGAAAGGAGUGAAAUAUCAAAAGUUGAUGCAAAGUUUGGAAUGAAUUGACCCCUGGACUGUGCCCUGCAGCCAGUGCCUAGGCAGAGGAGGCGCUCCCUAUGACGCCCUUCUAUGUAAGACAAAACAGAGGAGGAGAGAAGUUACUGCACCUAAGUAAUGAGUACCUAAGACUGGUCCACAGCCAAGUGCAGGGACUUUAAACGAAAGCACUACAAAAGGACAUCCCUCCCUGCCUCUAAAGGACACAUCACCACUCAAUCACCCUGUCACCAUGGGGAGGGGCGAAAAAUCUCCAGGAUGCUUCGGCUACCCUCUAAGUAUCUUCUUUAUUGUCAUUAAUGAGUUUUGUGAAAGGUUCUCCUAUUAUGGAAUGCGAGCUGUGUUGGUUUUGUACUUUAAAUACUUUCUACAAUGGGACGACAACCUCGCCACUGUGGUUUAUCACACAUUUGUUGCUGUGUGCUACCUGACUCCAAUCUUGGGGGCUAUCAUUGCUGACUCUUGGCUGGGAAAAUUCAAGACCAUCGUAUAUCUGUCUAUUGUUUAUGCGGUUGGCCAGGUCAUUAUGUCUGUCAGUGCUAUUCAUGAUAUUUCUGAUGGGAACAGGGAUGGAAUACCUGACAAUAUUCCUCUUCAUGUUGGUUUAUCAAUGAUUGGCCUUAUUUUAAUCGCUUUGGGAACAGGAGGAAUUAAACCUUGUGUUGCAGCCUUUGGUGGAGACCAGUUUGAUGAGAGCCAGGAUAAACAGAGGGGCCGCUUCUUCUCUAUCUUUUAUCUGUCAAUCAAUGCUGGCAGUCUUCUGUCUACUAUUAUCACUCCCAUCCUGAGAGGCCAGGAGUGCGGUAUUCACUCUCAGCAGAAAUGCUAUCCUUUGGCCUUUGGAGUGCCUGCUGCUCUCAUGGCGGUUGCGCUAGUUGUAUUUAUCGUUGGAAGUGGAAUGUACAAUAAAGUGUCUCCACAGGGUAACAUUAUAGUUCAAGUUUCCAAAUGCAUCUCGUUUGCUAUCAGCAACAGAUACAGAAAUCGUAGUAAAUCAAUUCCUAAGAGGGAGCAUUGGAUGGACUGGGCAAAAGAAAAGUAUGAUGAUCUACUCAUUGCCCAAAUUAAGAUGGUUCUAAAGGUCUUGUUCCUUUACAUUCCUCUGCCAAUGUUCUGGGCACUUUUUGAUCAACAGGGUUCAAGAUGGACUCUGCAAGCUACCACUAUGGACGGAAAUUUUGGAACUAUUCAGAUACAGCCAGAUCAGAUGCAGACUGUUAAUCCAAUAUUAAUUAUUGUUCUUGUGCCGGUGGUUGACUUAGUGAUCUAUCCCCUUAUUAAGAAAUGCAAGCUAAAUUUUUCACCCCUGAAAAGGAUCACUGUGGGCAUGUUCUUCGCUGCCAUGGCAUUUGUUGUUGCUGCUGUUAUACAGUUAGAAAUUGAUAAAACUCUGCCAACAUUCCCAGACAGCAGUCAUAUACAAGUCAGAGCCAUAAACUUAGAUGCAGACAACCUUACACUUUCAUUUAAAGAUAGUCAAUUACCGUCUUCGUCAUUGACCUCUUUCAAGGCAAGUGAAUACGAAAUUCUUCCACUCAACAGUGCCGUUAAUUUUACCUAUGGAAACAUAUCAAAAGAUGUUUCACAAAAUGGCCUUUCUGGUAAAACUCGAUACACGUGGAUUGUUAGAAAUAUAAACGGUGUGGAAGCAGUAAUGGAUGAAGACAUCAGCAAGAAACCCGAACAAGGAUCCAACGCAGUCAAGUUUAUUAAUAAUCUACAAGAAACUAUAACCGUGAAGGUAGACGGGAGUGAUGUCGGUGACAUUCUGUCAUUCAGCUUUUCAAAUUAUACCAUGUUAACCUUAGGAGUGAAAAAAAUAGAAGGUUUCACUGCAAGUGGCAGGAAUUGUUCUGUGGAUUCAAGGAAAUUUGGUUUUGGAAGCUCUUAUAAAAUAAUUAUUACGGAGUGCGCAUCAUCAAUGUCCAUUGAAUACAUUGAGGAUAUUCAAGCCAACUCAGUACACAUGGGUCUGCAGAUUCCUCAGUAUUUCCUCCUUACUGCUGGGGAGGUUGUGUUCUCCGUUACAGGGCUGGAAUUCUCCUAUUCUCAGGCCCCAUCCAACAUGAAAUCUGUGCUGCAGGCAGGAUGGCUCCUAACAGUGGCUGUUGGUAAUAUUAUUGUCCUUAUUGUGGCUGGUGCCGCAGGUCUAAGUGAACAGUGGGCAGAGUAUAUUCUCUUUGCUGCUCUAUUAGUGGCAGUAUGCAUCAUCUUUGCCAUCAUGGCUUAUUUUUACACCUACGUCGACCCUGCAGAAAUCGAGGCCCAGUUUGAUUCUGAUGGAAAGAAAAAGAAAGAGAAGGAAAUUGAAUCAAUGGGCCUUGAGAUUUUAGAUCGAACAGAUAAACAAAUAAAAAUGUAACAUGACGUUGUCCUUCUUUUGUAAAUAUUGUACACUCCAAGAUGCGGACAAUGACCAGAAGGGCCGUGCCUGCUGACAGACAAGCCUUGUUGAGAAAAUGGAUAACUGAACUGGGUGUGGUUACUGAGCCAAUACAGCUAAAUACCUAAAAUGUGGAGUCCAAAUACAUGAAUGGCGUGUACAAAAUCUAUUGAUCAUAUCAAAAUUCAUGUACAAAAUAGACAAAUUAAACUGUUUGUUACGUUUCUCUCGCCACAAUAUUAUUUGGAAUUUGAUGCACCAUAUGUAUAAACCCUUUACGGCAACUGUUUCAAUU